CCAGCCGCCGUCGAGACAGGCACAGAAAAUGGGUAAUAACUGAAGACUACCUCACAGCAGGAAAGAGCGAUCAGAUUGGCAAUGCAUCACUGAAUGGCAUGACAAGACAAAGAGCGGGCUACAACACAAGGUCAUAAAAAAAAUAUCAGAUACUGAUCAAUUGUUUUCUAUUGGUACCUAAUAAUCAGUAGAUGAAAUACAAGAACAGAAAUAUAAGAUAGAACAGCAUAACAGCAUUCCUGAGUCCUCUCGGUUUUCUGAAAAUUGAGAGGGAUACACUGAAUGUGUGAACUUCACAUUGUUUCCCUGAAACAAGUGUACAGCUGAAGAGAUCAAGAUGGUCCCAAACUAUUCUACUGAAGAAACCGUUAAAAGAAUCCACGUUGACUGUCCCGUUUCAGGAAGGCACAGUUACAUCUACAUUAUGGUUCCAACUGUUUACAGUAUCAUCUUCAUCAUAGGCAUAUUUGGGAACAGCCUAGUUGUUAUUGUCAUUUACUCCUACAUGAAACUGAAAACAGUGGCCAGCAUCUUUCUGCUAAACUUGGCACUUGCUGACUUGUGUUUUUUAAUAACUCUGCCACUGUGGGCCGCCUACACGGCCAUGGAGUACCAGUGGCCAUUUGGCAAUUGUUUAUGCAAGCUAGCAUCUGCAGGGAUAAGUUUCAACUUGUACGCCAGUGUGUUCCUACUCACAUGCCUUAGUAUUGACCGCUACCUGGCCAUAGUACAUCCAGUGAAGUCGCGAAUCCGGCGUACCAUGUUUGUUGCCAGAAUAACUUGCAUCGCCAUCUGGCUUCUUGCCGGUGUGGCCAGUUUGCCCGUCAUCAUUCACCGUAAUAUAUUCUUUGCUGAGAACUUGAACAUGACAGUCUGCGGUUUUCGGUAUGACAACAAUAAUACAACACUUCGGGUUGGGCUAGGCUUAUCCAAAAAUUUGCUGGGAUUUUUAAUUCCUUUUCUAAUCAUAUUAACAAGCUACACCUUAAUUUGGAAGACCCUAAAGAAGGCAUAUCAGAUUCAAAGAAAUAAGACCAGAAAUGAUGAUAUCUUUAAGAUGAUUGUGGCAAUAGUAUUUUUCUUUUUCUUUUCCUGGAUUCCUCAUCAAGUAUUCACUUUUCUUGAUGUAUUAAUUCAAUUACAUGUAAUAACAGACUGCAAAAUCACUGAUAUUGUGGAUACGGCUAUGCCCUUCACUAUUUGCAUUGCUUACUUUAACAACUGUUUGAAUCCCUUUUUUUAUGUUUUCUUUGGAAAAAAUUUUAAAAAAUACUUUCUUCAGCUAAUAAAAUACAUUCCACCAAAUGUCAGCACGCAUCCCAGUCUAACAACGAAGAUGAGCUCCCUCUCUUACAGACCACCAGAAAAUAUCCGCUUGCCCACUAAAAAGACUGCUGGGUCUCUCGAAACCAAGUGAUGUGUUUUACAAUAUACUUUUUUGAACAGCCUUGUGAAUGAAGCAGCAAGAAUGACAAAAUUCAUCUGCAGUCACAGACAUCACAGCUUACUGCUCAUUACUGAAACAUUAAAUCACCUCAGAGAAAUCACACUGAAAAGAUUUAGCAGUGGCCUUCUAUUUUACAGUAUGCGGAGGACUGGCUGAUUUUCAUUUUGUUUUUCUUUGUUGAAAGCAAUGUAUAUGAUAGACAGACACACCAGAGUUUGUCAGCAUCCUGCCAUUUACUUGGAACUACAAAACAAGGGUAGAUAAAACUUCUAAAAAGAUCUCUGAACUUAAAGGAAAAGCUUUUGUAAGUUACAUGAAUUAUGAAGGACCUGUUUUACACAUGAGCUAUUCCAAGUUUUGUUCCAGGAGUUGAGAGCUAAAAGGCUUGGUUUCAUUUCUUUCUUUUUUUUUUUUUUUUUUAAAACAUGAGUUAUAUAUCAGAGUUAUAAUAUAACUUGUUUUUCAAAUAUAUGCUGUAUCUACAGGCCCAACUUUAAACACAAAUGGAAAUUUCAGGACCUUGAAACUGGUCUCAUUCUAAUUUGUGCUACUAUUUUUCAUUUUAAAAUAGCAAAAGUUCAUAAUAUAUGCAAUAAAAAGCAGGUUUAUUUAUUAAGUAUAGAAGAAAUAUAUUUUUAGAUUUAUACUCCUACUUAUAGAUUUCAAAUAUUGUUUCAUAAACGUUUUUAUCCCAGUGUGUAUUUUUAUAGUAGUAACAUAUAUACACACACACAGAGACACAUGAAUGGGGUUUACUUACCUUUCUCCAUAAUAUGCCAUGCUGACUCUGAAGAAAAUUAUUUAUGGAGUGGGUUGACUGCAUAAUUUUAGUCAUUAAAUCAAAAACUAUUUGAAACAGGAGUUCUGAGACAGAGGUGAUCAGAAACUUUCAAACUAUUUUUGUAAAAUAUCCAGAGUACUCUAUGAGAAAAGUACCAGCUAAUGAAAUCCAUUCUGUUUUUCAAAUUCGUGGACAUUUAAACUCAGAUUCUGACAAGCAGAAGUGUGACAAUGAUUAUAUUAUAGUUUAACAAAUAACACUUUUAAUCAUAUCACUAAACAACGGAGACCAAACUUCAUUCUUGGCUUUUACUUAAUUACUCUCCAUUUAUAUAGAGCUGAUCUUGGAAUGAGGAGCAUUUGCUCCCUGUAGAACCUUCUUUUAUUUGUAUGGAACGAUUUCAAGCUUAUACUAGCAUAAAUCAGAACAGAAGUCUGGCUCAAACUCUCCAUACAAAUGAAGGGGAAAAGGCGAUAAGCAUUGUAAGAAGUUCCAGCUAAUGAUAUCCUUGUAUAUCCUUUUCGUAUUAGAUAAUGAACUCCAGAAAGUAUUCGCUCUUGAUUCACUCCCAUUUAUUUUCUUCAAAGAUAAGUGAACUCAUAAAUGCUUUUCAACAUAACAAAGCUUAAGAAAAAAUCCAGAACUUUACAUGUCAUGUAAGCAAAUACAUGACCCUCAAGAAUUUGCAAUAUUUAUAAUCUAUAUUUAAAAUGUGGCUUAGCUAGCAAGUGGCUGGAUUUUCCAUUUUUUACUUACACGUCACAAGAUACUGCGAGUUCAGUAAAACUUCUAAAGCUGUAUAUUUAGAAAAUGCUCUUUCUUUGGAGGUUUAUUUAAUUGAAAGCUAGUAUUUUAAAAGAAUUGAAACCUGAACGUGACAUUUAAAGAGACAGGUAAAUUGUUCUCACAUACAAUGCUCUCUAUUUAGCUUAUAUCCUUACACAUGCAUGUGAGGCAGCCGUUCAAAAAGAAUAUAAGUCACAUGCAUUAUAAAUAGCAUCCAGAGCAGCAACACUGCCCUAGCACUCAGUAAGCUGAUGUGGGACUAACAGAGCUUGCCAUCACCUGUAUGACGUUUCGUUCAUGUACACAUGUACAUAUGUCAAACUGAAUCAGGAGCCUCCAAUUCCAGAAGUAACUCUUUCUCAGACAAUUUAGUGUGCUGUGCUUGCCACCUGCUGGAUGCAGCCACAAAUUUGUUGUUCAUCUUAAAAGCUGCUAUAGGAAAAGAGCAAUAUUUUCCUGCUGCUUGAUAGAUCUGCAGAUCCUUAUCUAUGCUAAGACUACUGUAGAAGUAACUGCCUCCUGGACGGAUGAUCUUGUAUGUUAACUUCCUUGGGAAGGGGCUAAGCAGGUAUUUCCUCACCACCUGCUGAUCCCUUUGGUCACCAGUAUCCCAGACUACAAUAGAUAGCUCAACAGAAAAAACAAAGCACAUUUGUAUAAGUGAUAACUAAGUAUUUAACUGAAAGGACUCACUUAUCACCAGGAAGAAAAAGCAGCAGAAUCAGUAGUGACCACAAAUGAUAAAAAUGACUGUAUUGCAGUGAAAAAUAGAGCAAAAAAGAUUGGUUGGUGAUUUUGACCACUUCAGGCUAGAUCCUGCAUGUUUAAGAGACUCAGUAUCCCUAGCUGCUGGUGCCACCUGUGCCUAUCUGCGUCAUGGGAAAAAGCAAGAGCAUGGACAUUUGGCUGGGCUACGCCAGGAAAGGCAGGAAAAGAUUGCAGCUGGUGUGCUUUGAAUAGAAGACCAACCUUGGAUUGAUAGGCAACAAAUAACAUUGGGGAAAAAAAAAAUGUUCUAAAGGGUAGGAGAAUGAUCAUCAGCUGCCAAGGAUAGUGGAUCCUAGUUUAGCAUUUCCUAAAACAAACAAACAAAAACCCCCACAAAGUGAUGGGUAUUGAAAGCCACAUAAAACCAGAGAUAAAAUCUUCUAGCAACUCUAACUGGGCAGCAGCAGAACAAACUCCUCUGGAGCACAGCACGGUUACUGCGUACAGCCACAUCCUGCAGAUUUAGACAACCCCACAGAGCCCCAGACUAAGAGCUAGUUGAUGCUAGCCUCACCCCUCAGCUCAGCCACACCCUUUUCUUCACCCACACAGCUGCCGUCAACACAAGUGCUGACGAACACCUAGUUGCUGAGCCCUACACUCCCCCUGCCCACCUGCUUGCUUAAAAUAUUGUGCUGGAGACCUGUGUAUGGGGCACGUGUAGCAGCAGUGUCAGAGUGUGGGAUCAAGCCCUUCUAGUCACAGCCUCCCAUUGAAGCACUUUGAAAUAUUCUGACCUCCAGCAUGCAAGAGGCAUAGACUAGAUAAGGUCUGUUGUGCCUCUUGUCAUCUGUAAGCAGCAGAUAAGAGCAGCAAAGAGAUCUUCCCACUUUUGGGUGACAGAUUGCAUUGUUGGCCUCUGCUGUGGGCAUGUGGCUGCAUGGCCUCCACCGAGGGGGAGGAAGGAGAAGGCCAAAGAACCUACUCCUUGCCAAGAGAGCAGGAAGGAGCGAGAUCUGGCCCUGUACAACUGCCAUUUUGGCAGAACUUUGGACUGACCCUUUUUAAUUUCAUACCAAAAUAAAAACUAGUUAUAUAUACUUUAGAACAAAGUCCCACUAUCUUAAAGAACACAAAGUUAAAUAAGAUGCAACAACAUGAUGUUAGUUUAAACAAGUAUCCUAAGCACUUUUCCUUCUCAGGGUAACCAAAGUAAAAUACUUGACAAACUUUUAGUCUGCCCCUGUACUUUUCUGGUGUGAGGAACUCAAGCCAGUAUUAAUGGGGACAGCCUAUAGCCCUAAAUCCAGGAAUCACUCUUCCUGAGCUAUCACCGUUACAGGCUGUUGACUUGUCUGAAUGCAUACUUUCUGCUGGCAGAAUAGUAGUUGGAUUGCAUUGUUUGACACAUACAUGCAGAAUAUUUAUUUCUAUUUAUUGUGCAACUGUGCUUUAUAUGACUCAUGUUUCACACUCUACUCGCUUCCGCAUUACAUGCCUACCCAAAAUCACACUAUAUAAUCUGCACUGGUUAACCUGAAUUCCAACAAAACCAUUACAGACACAGCGGGGAUUCAUUUGGCUUUUCAGCUCAAUAAUUAUCUUAUGUUUAUACAGUUAAUCAAGAUGUUGCAGAGUACAUACUAGGCCAAAAGUCCUUUCCUUUACCAGAAUUGCUGUUUAGGUGAUCAUCAACUUGGACCUGUGACAGAAGCAGAGAAUAUAGGAGGAUUCCCAGGUUUGGGCUUGCUUGCAUAGCUUCAGCAAUGAUUUAUCUUACUGGCCUCUUUUUUCAGUACACUGAAGUGCAAGUGUUCCCAUGGAGAAGCUUGCCAUGGAAAGAACAAACACACAUUAAGGGGGGAUGGCAUGGGAAUGGCCUAGAAAGGAACUUGUUCAUUUUGGAAAUACUUAGUGUUGCAUGUAAAUAGAUCUUUCAGUUAAGUAUUAAAAACUUCCAGAAAGUUUUGAGAGGCAAAUUUCUUUAGGACAUCCUGCUCAGUUCAGAACAUACUGAACCAUGAAACCCUGACCUUGAGAGCAGGUUAAGACAGCUCUGCUCUUCUCCAUUACAGGCUUGGCCAGCACAUCAUCCCACCAGCUAGCAAGAAGCAGUGAGGUUGUUCUAUCAAUCAUUGAGUCCAUUUCAUCAGUGACCUUGCUACCAAGGCUGAAUUAACAAAUCCUCAGUGCUAACCGCAGGGCUGUCAAGCUCAUUGUCGCUGGCAAGUUCUGCAGAUGUGGCUAGACACUGAAGAAAGAGGUACAGAUAAUGUUUGAGAACAGGAUUGUGCAAGUCUUUUUAGUGGGCUAGUGCUGUAGCCUUCGGCUUUAAAAACAGCUCCUAAAUGAAGUAGCAGGAACUAGAUAUUAUUUUCAUUUAAAUAUUUUUGUGCAGUCAGAAUCUGUGAAGUGGCAGAUGUCAACGUUUUCUACUUCAAUAGAACUAGCUUUAUAUUGUAAAAAGGUUACUACUGUUACAAGAACUUUUGUUGUCUGAAGUAUUACCAAAAACAUACAUCAUCAAUAGAUUAUGUCUUUGUGAAAUCCAUCUCCGCUGCUGCAUUAGUCCACCCAAGGAAGAGAGAGAUGUUUCUGUAUUAUUAUAAGUUCUCCAGUAUAUCAGUGUAUCUGUGGCUACAUCUUACGCGAUAUCAUUCUUACCAAAGUAUUUCUAUUGAAUGCUGUAAUACUUUAUACCACUGUUCCUCAUUGCUUGUAAUCUAAAAUCUAAGACAGCUCCCCCUAAACUCCAGACUGAACAGACUGUGUCCAUAAUUCAUUCUGGAUAGGAUAUCCACCUAGCACCAGCUAACUCCAGAAAUCACACACACAAUAGGGGAUCAGCAAUUGGCUUGUGUUUUCCAGGACAGGCUAAAUUAAUGAAGUUCCUUGCACUGGAUAUUCAGCAAAUUGCUUAUUUUGCUAUAUACAGGUUAGAUCUUAAAGCAGAAUCUAGGCUUCACAUUUUAGAAGAUAAAUGAAAUUAUAGAGACAGAUUUUAGAAUAUUGAGUCAAAUAUAAAGUCAUAUUAAAUUAUGAAUAAAUGGCCCUGAAAAGCCAGACUCAGGUUGCUGGUAGCAGAACAUUCCAUGUAAAUAUAUCCACCAGUUUAGAACAAGCUUUGAUGUUUCCAAGCAGUGCCACAUUGUGUACUGCGUAGAUGUCCCAGUGGCUUCAGCAGAAACAGGAUCAGGUUUGAACAUAAGAGGGGGACUCUUGUUUUGGUGUGGGUUUUGUUGUUUUGUUGAAAGAAUGGCAGAAUGGAUCACAUUUCCACUUUGAAUUUGUAUGAAAAAUAAAUUGAAUUUAAUUUUGCAUAUCCCUAGUAAAUGCCACCUCAGAUUAAGUUUUAUACUGUCACACACCAGAAAAAAAUAGUAAAAACAGUUAUGGGCCAGACCUAUGAAUUGCUUAUAACUUACAUACUGAAAAACUGAUUUUCUAUGUAUUUUAAUUAUUACUUAACUUUAUAUAUUGGCAGUGCUGUGAGGUUGCAAUAAAGCACAGACCCUAGUGCAAGAAAAGAUAUUCAUACACAGAGACAGAGUCCCUUGGAGCUUUAGAAUCAGAGAGCAAAAGUUUGUUAGAACAGAUUGGAAAGCAAAGUCUGCUACUGAACAAACAAAAAGACUACAAGGAUAUUUUCACCUUGCAGUUAAAUUAAAAAUGCCAUGAAAUAAAAAAAAAAAAAACCAACAACUUCUCUCAUUAAAAAUAAGAAAAUAAAAACAGCAGAAAGGAAAAUACUGAAAGGCUUUUAUGUUGGGAGCUUAUACAAAGCUGACUGAAGAACACCCACCCUAUGUGUGUUCAAGCACUUCCCACUGAUACUAUGAAGCAAGUGUAAACUUGGCUAUUUUUAUGAAAUUGAAUGAAUAACCAGAAAUGUUUCAAAUCAAUGAAUGUAUAGACGUCAUUUAAGAUAUUAGCUGAUUUGCUACUAUAGAUUUCUCUUUCAUUAAAUUAAAAAAAAAAGUUAAAUUAUACAAAUUGUACACUGUAAACUCAAAUAACUGUAUGUCCAGGAAAGGCAGACAAUGUACUGCAUAUAGAUUUACAUCAGCUUGGCCUACCUAGCCUGAACUCCUCCUCAGGCUCAGCAGAACAUACAAAUACAAAAGAACAGAAACCAAAACAAAUUAAAAUAAUUUCACAAAAAUAUUACAUAUAUUAUAGUAGUACUAUAUAUAUAUUUAAUUUUGCUGAAGAGUUACAAAAUACUAAAGGAUCUACAAUAAGGUUGUUUUCACAAGUUUUUAUUCAAGUAGCUUUUUUGAAGCUUUUGUAAGAAUUCAGUUUGCCACUAUAAAAAAACCUCCAAGCACAGUAAAAAUUUGCAGAUCCAAAGCCCUUUCUUGUAUAAAAGCACCUAUAAAAUUAGAGAAUGUCUAUAAUUUGCAGGAUACCUUUCAAAGCAAGGGUAAAAAUAAAGGUACAUGAGAUGUAAUUUAACCUACUAGAGAACUGUUAAUGUUAAGCCUGUUUUUUGUGAUAUGAUUACUCUAAAUGGAAGUGUAAAGCAGCGUGAAGAAAGGCAUUCUUUAUAUACUAGACUGUUAUACACUGCAGCAUGUACCUGCUAAAUACAGCCAAAUAGUAUUUCUGUUAUUCUUGAAUUUCUCUGUUUAUUUAUGAUAGCUUUCUAUAACAUCAUCUGUACGCUUUACAUGAGAGUGAACAGCAGAUAUGCACUGCUCUGUUUUGGAAAGAUUUUGCAAAUUUUAGACAGGUUUUUGUCUAAAUGAAUUUUGCAAAAAAUAAGUAAAUCAUUUCUCACAAACACCUAUAUCAGAAUGAUGAUAUUCUGAAAUAUUGAAAAAAAAUCUAAAAUACAUUUAACAGUAUUGGUUCAAAUUAAUCUUCACAGAAUAUGGUUAGAUUGUUUCUUCCAAGUUUUACUUUUUGGUCUGAUUAAAAACAAAUGUGUUUGUAGCUAUACUUCCCAACACCAGUAGCAGAACAAAGUGCAGGGUCUGACAAGGACACUGGGUUCCUAGUGAAAACGAACACUGUCCUACAGCUCACCACCCAGAAAUUCUGAAGUUGUAAUGUGAUUUUGUUUUGAUCAAGGCUUGUGAAUCAAUUCCUGUUAAUUAAAGAAAACUUUAAAAUG